UAGCUGUAUCAUUCCGAGAAAAAUUGAUUAGAAUAUAUGAUUUGGCUACGCUUACAUUUGUAAUCGAGGAAAGUGCUCAAAGAACGGCUGGAAUGCAGGUUUAUUCACGGGAAGGACUUUUCAAUGGUAUAUUUAGUUAUCAACAGGAUUUCACUCUUAACGGUGUGCACCUGACAUGUGGAACAUGUUAUGUUGUAUUGGGCUCAUCAAAAGAGAAUUUCUUCGUGGUUCCAUUGGCUAAUAAGCAUGAAAUACAGCUCUGGGAUAUGCGUAUAUGUCCAAAGACAGGUGCAGUAAUAUCGGCUGGAGCAGAUGGUCGUCUUCAAGUUUCUCUAAAUGGGCGUUUGGCUGCUGUUGGAUCGGAGAGAGAUUUUUUAUUUAGUGCAUGCCGAGUUGUUCUGACAUUACUAAGAAAAUCUGAAGACGUACUGCUGGAGAAGAGUAUUGAAUCACCUUUAAAUGAUGGAAUCAAUACCGAUGAUAAUAGCGAGUAUAAAAAUGAAGCAAAGUUUCCUCCACCUCAGACAAAUUUAGAACUGUGUGCUGAAAAAUCACAUCUCGAAUUUUGUUUUGAGGAUGUUAAAAUCGGUAAAACUGCCAUAUCGCAGUUUAGCUUGGAUCUUCGUACGGAAUCACUAAACCGAUUAGCCGUAAGUGAACCAUCUGGUCAGUUAGCAGUUUGUGGCGGUGAAGCUGGCCUUUUGAUCUUCAUUCCUUGUUAUUUGCGAUGA